GCGCUCAGGGCUGGGAUGCCCUCCCCGCCCCUGCGAGGUGACAGCUCUUUGUCAGGCGUCCCGGGGAGCCCCAGCCCCUCCAGUGUCUGUCCUCGCUGUCCCCCAGGAACGGGCCCCAUCAUGCUGGACGAAGUGCAGUGCUUGGGGACAGAGCCCUCGCUGGCCAACUGCUCGUCCCUGGGCUGGCUGAGGAGCAAGUGCAGGCACAACCAGGACGCCGGCGUCAUCUGCAGCAACGGUAACAACCCCGAGGCCCAGGCCCUGUGGACAGAGCCGGGCAGCACGGUCACCAUGGAGGUGGACGCCGAGUGCCUGCCUGUGGUCACAGACUUCAUCAGGUACUUCUAUUCCCGGCGGAUCGACGUGGCCCUGCCCACCGUGAAGUGCCUCCACAAGCUGGCCUCUGUCUUCGGGGCCCAGCAGCUUCAGGCCUACUGCGCAGGCCUCUUCGCCUUCCUGCUGCCCGAGGACCUGUCCUUCCAGACGGCUCUGGACCUCCACGCCUACGCCCUGGCCACGCGGGACCCCACGCUGGAGGAGCUGUGCGUGCAGUUCCUGUGGAGCCGGGAGAAGGGGGCCGCCCCCGGGGACGUGGAGGGCCUGGUGCGGGAGGUCCGCUUCCCCAUGAUCCCGCCCGAGGACCUCUUCCAGCUGCAGAGCAACCUGAGCCUGUACCGCAGCCACCGGGCCCUGUUCCAGGAGCAGACGCUGCAGGCCCUGGAGUUCCACACGGUGCCCCUGCCGCUGCUGGCCCAGCUCCGCGGCCUGAACCUCAGCCAGGACGCCUACCAGCCCCGGCUCUACACCUCGCCCACCUGGAGCUGGGCCGUGGCCAGGAGCUCCCGAGACUCCUCCCGCCCCUCUUAUGACUCGUACCCCUACCGUUAUGGCUCGUACCCCAAACGCUAUGACCGCUAUGACCGUUACGGUCGCUACGGCCCUACGUCUGCGCCCACGGGGUACUUCCAGACGCCGCAGCACCCCAGCUUCCUCUUCCGGAACAGCCGCAUCUCCUGGACCCUCAUCUACCUCCCCACGGUCCAGAGCUGCUGGAACUACGGGUUCUCGUGCUCCUCGGACGAGGUGCCCGUCCUGGGCCUCUCCAAGUCCGGCUCCUCCGACCCCACCAUCGGCUACGAGAACAAAGCCCUGAUGCUCUGCGGGGGCCGCUUUGUGGCCGACGUCACGGCCUUCGAGGGCGGGAAGGCCGAGAUCCCCAGCGCCCUGAACGCCAACAGCUCCCGGAGGGCCUCCUUCUUCCCCUGCCCCGCAGGCUCCUUCAGCAGCUUCCGGGGCGUCAUCCGCCCCUUCUACCUGACCAACUCCUCGGGGGUGGACUAGCCGGGGGCUGCCCUCCCCCAGGGGCAGGCACUGAGCCCAGCUCCUUCCCCUCCGCAACAGCCGCCUCCCACACCGGCCUCCAGAUGUCCCCCUGCACCCACUGAUCUCUCUGAGCUGAAAGAAAGCGCCGGAAGGUUCCAGCGAGGCUCACCCCAGGCUGAGAACCCCCAGUUCCCGCUGCCCGCUGGUCGGAAGCGAGGAGACUGGGCCUCAUGGCUGCCGGGCCUUCCUCGCCGCCUUCCCGCUCAGUCCCGUCUCGGAUGAUUAAAGUUGCACGGUGCUGCCGGCUCGUUCACGCA